AUGAGACGCGAUGAUAUAUGAUGGGAACCUGCGUUGAGGACUCAAUAUAUAAGCACUCACUGGGAUAACUUCUUCUCUGCAAGAUUUUAGCAACCCAAACCUUGUUGGCCUUUUUCUUAUAAUUAUAAUAGGAGUCAGCUGGAUACAUAUAUACAGCGUAAACAGAGAGAUCGAAAUCCAUUCCCUAUCAUGCCUAGAGCACCACCAAGAGAUCCUUUAGUAGUCGGCCGAGUUAUCGGGGAUAUUUUGGAUCCCUUCAAUAGGACUGUAACUCUCAGGGUAAGCUUUAACAAUAGAGAUGUUAAUAAUGGAUGUGAACUCAGGCCCUCUCAGGUUGUUAAUCAACCAAGAGUUGAGAUUGGAGGUGAUGGCCUUAGGACUUUCUACACCUUGGUUAUGGUGGACCCCGAUGCUCCUAGCCCAAGUAAUCCGAACUUGAGGGAGUAUUUGCACUGGUUGGUGACUGAUAUUCCUGGGUCCACAGGUGCAUCCUUUGGCCAAGAGAUAGUUUGCUAUGAGAGCCCAAGGCCAGCAGUGGGAAUACAUCGAUUCAUCUUUGUGUUGUUUCAACAACUAGGAAGGCAAACUGUGUAUCCUCCUGGGUGGCGCCAAAACUUCACAACUAGAGAAUUUGCUGAAGUCUACAACCUCGGCUUGCCCGUUGCUUCCGUCUAUUUCAAUUGCCAGAGGGAGGGAGGCUCUGGUGGAAGAAGGUUGUAAAUUAUCUACACUCCCUUUAUAGUGAAGAGAUCACUGGACAUGAUCUACUGCACUUAUUAAUAUUAGUAAUAAUAAUGAGGAGUCUCUGUCAACAAUUGCACUUUUCUAAUAUAUAAGUACCUUAUACAAACAACCUUCUUUUAAGACAUUUUUGUUAGAGUAAUACACUAAUACUAAUAACUCGUAAUUUAACCCUUGAUCCAUCAUAUUGUGGUAAUUUGACUACUAAAAUUAGUUAUUACCCCUGUAUCUCUCUAAAUGAAAUGUCUUUAUAAAUGGGUAUUUACACAAGUUUUUAUAAGGUAUUUAUUUUAAAAAGUGAUCUGUUACGAAAUAGUUAAUAUGUAUUAGUUUUUUCUUUUUCCUUUUUUCCCCUUUCUUUUGGGGCUUUUUUUUUUUUUUUGGAAAUGUAUUGUACAAUUUCAGGGGUGCCUAAAUAAUGUAAUGUUUUCUUUGGUCU